GCCAUCAGUGCGAUCAGGGUUUCCGAUCGUAUUGGUAGGGAUCGAAUGCAUGGAGAAUUCGCAGAAUAAUCCCGGAAAGCGCUGAGCUCUCCCCCGGGCCAGGCCCGAUGCCCUGCAAUUCGUAUGUACCGUAGUCCAAUUCGUAUGUACCGUAGUCCUCCCAGGGACGGACCCCGCUGAGGUUGAAUUGACCAAAGCAAUGGUUAUGGAGAAGCCUAGUCCCCUGCUGGUCGGGAGGGAAUUUGUGAGACAGUAUUACACACUGUUGAACCAGGCUCCAGACAUGCUGCACAGAUUUUAUGGAAAGAACUCUUCUUAUGUCCAUGGUGGCUUGGAUUCAAAUGGAAAACCAGCAGAUGCUGUCUAUGGACAAAAGGAAAUCCAUAGGAAAGUUAUGUCUCAAAACUUUACUAACUGCCACACUAAGAUUCGCCAUGUUGAUGCUCAUGCUACUCUCAAUGAUGGUGUGGUGGUCCAGGUGAUGGGACUGCUGUCUAAUAACAACCAGGCUCUGAGGAGAUUCAUGCAGACAUUUGUCCUUGCUCCUGAGGGCUCUGUUGCAAAUAAAUUCUAUGUUCACAAUGAUAUCUUCAGAUAUCAAGACGAAGUUUUUGGUGGCUUUGUCACGGAGCCUCAAGAGGAAUCCGAAGAAGAAGUAGAUGAGCCUGAAGAAAGACAGCAGACACCAGAGGUGGUACCUGAUGAUUCUGGAGCAUUUUAUGAUCAGACUGUCAGCAAUGACUUAGAAGAACAUUUAGAGGAACCGGUUGCUGAACCAGAGCCUGAUCCUGAACCAGAACCAGAGCAGGAGCCCGUACCUGAAAUCCAGGAGGAAAAAUCUGAGCCUGCCUUAGAAGAAACUGCUCCUGAGGAUGCUCAGAAGAGUUCUUCCCCGGCCCCUGCAGACGGGGCUCAGACGGUGCAGGAAGACUUGAGGACAUUUUCUUGGGCAUCUGUAACCAGCAAGAACCUUCCACCCAGUGGAGCUGUUCCAGUUACUGGGAUUCCACCUCAUGUUGUCAAAGUCCCAGCUUCACAGCCCCGUCCUGAGUCUAAGCCUGAAUCUCAGAUUCCGCCGCAGAGGCCUCAGAGGGAUCAAAGAGUUCGAGAGCAACGAAUCAAUAUUCCUCCCCAGAGGGGCUCCAGACCAAUUCGUGAGGCUGGUGAGCAAGGAGAUGUUGAACCUCGAAGAAUUGUGAGACACCCUGACAGCCACCAGCUCUUCAUUGGCAACCUGCCCCAUGAGGUGGACAAAUCAGAGCUUAAGGAUUUCUUUCAAAAUUAUGGGAAUGUGGUGGAGCUGCGCAUCAAUAGCGGCGGGAAAUUACCUAAUUUUGGUUUUGUUGUGUUUGAUGACUCUGAACCAGUUCAGAAGGUUCUUAGCAACAGACCGAUCAUGUUCAGAGGUGAAGUCCGUCUGAAUGUCGAAGAGAAGAAGACUCGAGCCGCCAGGGAAGGAGACCGUCGAGACCACCGCCUGCGGGGACCUGGAGGCCCUCGGGGUGGGCUGGGCGGUGGAAUGAGAGGCCCUCCCCGCGGAGGCCUGGUGCAGAAACCGGGCUUCGGAGUGGGAAGGGGCAUUGCUCCAAGGCCGUGAAUACCUGGGUCACUGCUCGGCACGUGGCAGUACAAACCACUGUUCCUGCAGAAGAGUGGAUUUCUUCCGCCAGCCUUCGUUCGGUGUCUCGGAUGGUGACCCUACCCUAGUCUGUUAAGAACGCUUCCGUUGGUCCACUGUGCCCCUCUCUCUGCUCACGGCGCACCCUUCCCGCUCCUUCCGCUCCUGAUCGCCGGGCCCUCACUUCCAAUUUUGUGGAAUGACAUUUUAGGAAAAUGAAUUUUUAAAGAAGACAGGAAAAAGGAAAAAAAAAGACUGAAUUCUCUUGCAUAUACAGACUGGAUUUUUUUAAAAAACAGCCAUUUCCCCAAAGGAAUGUGUCCUGCUUAUUACUGACAUUUGGUAUGUUUAGUUCAUUGGAAUAUUUCUUACUUAUUUUCUACGUGUUUUAAAAGCCCGUCAGAAAGACGGGAUUUGAUAAAACAUUUUGAAGGCAAGAAAAGCUGAAAUUGUUUCUUCUUUUGAGUCACGAUUACCCUCUGGUGUAGAGAAAUUGCCAUUGAAAAAAUGGACAAUUUUGAUUCUUGUCGUGUGGGUAGAAAUGGGUUUUUCCUUUGGACGCCCUAGAACACCAUCAAACCCUGCUGUUUUCACAUGGACAUUAAACUGUGAGCGAGGCUUUCAGUGUGCAGAGUGCAGCCAGUCCCCGUUCCUCCUGUUCAUUUGUGAGGUCGUUUUUCUGUGUUUACUUUGUAUUUGUUUAAAAACAACCACAAAAACCCAACCCAAAUCUGGAAAACAAACAAACAGCAAAACUGUUGUGCCUUCUAUGUAUCGUUGAUUUCAUUCUGGGCAGUCGCUCAAAGGAAAAGAAUGAAAACAAACCUCCAGCUCCGUUUUAUUGGCUCAGAGUCUGGGGGUUUCUCCGUCCCUUGUUCACGGUCAUGUGUGGUCUGCCUCCUCUGAAACGGUGUGCCUGGGAGGCCACCUGCUUCCACCGAGGGCCUCCGACAGACCGUGUGUC